UGACUUAUAAUAGAGUCUAUAUAGAGAGAAAUCUAUAGGGCAUAGACAUAGACUAGACUAGAUCAACUACGUAGAGUCUAUAGGGAUCUAUAUUAAUAUUAGUAUAAUUAUAGGCGCAGGAAGAGUAGAUAGUAGAAAUCUAAAUCGAACUGUUACUCUUACUUAUUGAAGUUAUUGUGAUCUUCAUCAUCUUGGCAAUCAUUUGAAAUCAUAAUCAUAAGAUUUGGUAAAUAAAGUUGAAGCCAGACUUCAAGUUCAAUAAGUUGAAUAACGUCUUCAGUCAAUGUGAAUCACUGUCAAUGUUACUUAAGAUUUUUAAUUUAAUAUCUAUUAAUUCACUAGUGACUAGAUCUAUUAAAUCAUAAUUGAGAUUGAAGCUCAGAAUGGAUUCUACCUUGAAAAAUGAAAGUGAAGAAAAUUAUGUUUUAUCCAAAACCUUAGGAGGAGGUCCUCAUGGCUUAGGGGAUCCUGAUGACAGAACACUCAGAAAAGCAGAAAAAGAAAUAUUGAUUCCUCAAAAAAUGAAAUCAAAGGCUAAAAAGGAGAAAUGUGCAGAGGAAGUUCAAAAUUUUGGUCAAUGUGCAAAGAACAAUGGCCUGUUGAUGCCUUUCAAAUGUAGAGACAUAGCUAAAUCAAUGGAACAAUGCUUGGCAGCUGCAUAUGCUGAUCCGGUUUUUGUUGAGAAAUGCACCAAUGAAUAUCUAGAUGAAAGAUCAGACUAUAGACGAACAGGAAUAAAGAUCAAGAAUAAAAAAGCUGAGACGUGAUGGUCAUUAUUAAUAUUAUGGCUGCUUGUGACAUUGUAUAUGAUGUGAUUGUCUUUGUUAUUAUUAGAGGUGCAUGUUCUUCUGGUUGUUUCAGUACAGGAGUAAGAAAUGUUUCUACUAUAUACCUUCGGUCAUGUUUGUAUAGAUUGUGUUAUGUUGAAUUGGAAUUGUACAUUUUUAAAAAUUAAAAUCAGCUGUUUAGCCUUUGA